AUGAAACAUCUGUUAACUAAAGCUCUGUUCCAUGAGACUCCAUCUCGAUUGAUAAGUUCAGAAACCCACAACAGGUUGGGCAGGGGUGAUCUUAGAAGAAGUAGAGCCAGUGGAUUUGGUAGGCCUUCGGGUCCAUUUUUUGGGAAGCCCCUUAGAGGUGGUGUUGUUAUUCAGUGGGCUUUGAUCAGUUGGUGGGAGUUGUUGGGAAAUUUCUGCUGUGAAAUCCAUAAUUUGUCCAUGUUCAUGGGGUGCGCUGUUGUUGUUGAAGUCAAGGAGGAGGAUAUUGUUGGUGGGGAUGUGGGGCUUAGAUUGGAUGUCCAUUGA